UACUAAAAAAAAAAUUAUAUAUAUCUAUUUAUUUUUUGGUUGAAUGGCUGCCAAUGUGGAGGAGGCAGCCGACUUUGAGACGGCAAUUGCCGAGUGUGGCUUUGGCUUGUUCAACGUGUUCAUCCUGUGCAGCGCCAUGCCCUGCCUUACGGCCAUGGUCUUCUCCGCAUCCGCUUUGUCCUAUGUGAUGCCCUCGGCGGAGUGCGAUCUUGAGCUGAGUCUCCUGGACAAGGGAUUGCUCAAUGCGGCCACCUAUGCCGGAAUGAUCAUCUCGGCGGUGCCAUGGGGUUUCAUUGCGGACACAUUCGGCCGCCGUCCGGUUCUCAUUUCCGGCGGCUGGCUGGACGGUUUUUUUGUUCUGUGCGCCUCCUUCAGUCAGGACACGGCCCAGCUGAUGGCCUUUAAGUUCUUCGAUGGCUUUGUCAUCUGUGGCCCUUUUGCUGUGGUGGUCAGUUAUUUGGCCGAGUUUCAUGGGAAGAAGCACCGGCCGUAUAUCAUGUUAUUUGUGGGUCUCUGCGUUUCCACGGGAUCGAUGAUAAUGCCCCUGCUGGCUUACGUUGUGCUGCCGGUGAACAUCUUCUUUAAGGUGGGCUCUUUGGAGUUUCGAACAUGGCAGGUUUUUCUGGCAGCCAGCGCGAUUCCUACAAUCUUAAGCGGUCUGAUGCACAUUUUCCUGCCUGAGAGCCCCAAAUUCCUCAUGUCCCAGGGGAACUACGCAAAGGCCAUGGAGUCUCUCAAGCGCAUCUAUAAGAUGAAUAAACGCAAGAGCAAGGAGAGCUAUCCGGUGAAACGCCUUAUCGAUCCCACGCCCGAUCGCUCCGCUGAACUUGAUGGCACUGGAAGGCGGCUCACGAGAAAGGAGAAGCUCGAUCGGGCGAAAAAGCAGUUUAGCGAAGGUUUCAGGCAGCUGAAACCCAUGUGCUCUCAGCCCUAUUUGGCCAUCUCAUUGAAGGUUUACUUUCUGCACUUUUGCCAAAUUAUGUGUGUGAACUCGGUUCGUUUGUGGAUGCCGCAAAUCUUUGCCACAAUGAACGCAAUGGAGAAGCAGGGUGCCAAUGAUACGAGCGUGUGCGCCGUGCUGGAUCACAAUGCUGAGUCCUUGCCCCGGAACUCGGACGAGAGGCGGGCGGAGUGCAAUCUACACCACAAUGCGGAAAGCUAUCUGGGUAAUAUAAUUGUCUCGGCCAUUGGCUUAGUCGGCUAUCUGCUUAUUUUCCCGCUGCUGCGCAUCAGUCUGGUUGCGAAUCAUAUAGUGAAGGUAUUCCUAUUCAUCUGCAUUUUCCUGGUUGGUGGACUGUAUUUUGUAAAGACAUCGUUGGUGACGAUGCUUGUAUCCGCCACUUACCUGACGCUGAUGGGCAUUUGUGCCACGACGGUUAUCGGUAUGUCUGUGGUGAUAUUUCCCACUCUAAUGAGGACUAUGGUGCUGCUGCUGAUUAUGACUUUUGGCAGGCUGGGCUCUGUGAGUGGCAACAUUCUUCUGCCGGUCUUCAUGCAACUGAGCUGUCUGGCUCCGUUUCUCUGGUUGAUUGCUUUGAUGAGCAUUGCCUUUCUGUGCUCGUUGUUCUUGAAGUUUGACGAUCAGCAGGCCCUGAAUUAGUGCUAGAGAGAGUUCCACUGAAGUGAAGCUGGGCGUAAAAAUAAAUGAAUUAUGAAUAAAUAAUGAAUCUAGGCAA